GCUGAAUGGAGGCAUGUUGUGAAUACACCGAAUACACGGUGCUCGGCCACGCUCCUUGGAUCUUCGCUGCUAGAAAGGCUGGAACCUCGAUUUACAUCAGCAAAGCAAAGAAAAGAAAACGUGCAGUUGGAACACUUGUAAAAGUUAGUGUGAAAAGUAAGUGGGUGGUGAAUUUGUUAAAGGACAAUAUAGAGAGUAAGGGUAAAAGAUAAGUACGAAGGUAGUAAAUGCAGUGGCUGAAGAAGCGAUGGACCCAUCGUUGUUUGUCGCAUACACUCCUCAAACAAACGGAGUUCCAUCGGAGUCCAAGCUUGCUACCUACAUGAAUCACCAAAGUCCUGGCAUAAGCUUGAGUACAAACUCAAUGACCAAGCAUUUGUCCAACCUUUCUCUGGACUCACAAAAGAAAGUAACUGCCAGUCCCGAAUUUGUGCCAGGAAGAGGCCUUACAGGCAGCAAUAGUAGUUCACCGAAUCUCUUUAACAACUCCUACACUCAUUCGCAAGAAAAUGUAGGUGGCACAACAUACUUCUAUUUUGGAAAUACAAGCAGCGACGCUGUCGGAUCUGAGGAUGGCACUGAAGCCAUCGGACCCGUGGCAACGGGACAGAUUGGUUACAUCUAUCCGGGCACACCUUCGCAUCUACAACCUGUGAAAACGGCAAAACCACCCUCCUCUAAUAAUUCCUCCGCUCCUUCUACACCUCCUCCUCAGGCUGCUCCUAGCUUUUUUGUCAGUGAAAGCUUGCGACUAGAUAUCCUGCAAAAGAACGCAUUGACAUUGGCACAGCCCGAUAUAGUACGAUUUCCUGACUUACCUAACGAGGUUGACAAUUAUCACGAACUAUGUCCUUUGGAGCCAAUUCAUAAACCCGCUUCGACAGUUCUUGGGUAUCAAACUUCCACAUACAAGGCCACCAGUAUCAAGACUGGUACGCGAUACUGUUUACGUCGUAUUCACGAUUUUCGACUUGCCAACACCAAGUGUAUGGUGCUGGUUGACAUGUGGAAGCGAUUGUCACAUACAAAUCUAGUUCAGCUGAGAGAAGUUUUUACCACCAAGGCAUUCGGUGAUCAUUCCAUGGUUUUUGUAUACGAUUAUCACCCUGCCUCGGAGACAUUACUGAAUAAACAUUUCGCUUCAACUGAGCUUAACGGUUACACCGAUCCGUUCUCAUCGGAUCCCAAUGCACCACGGCCUUAUAGUCAUACCAAGAACACUAUUCUAAGACAACAACAUAGUAGCAUGCUACCGGAAAGUGUUAUUUGGAGCUACAUUAUUCAACUCACUGCCGCAUUUCGUGUUAUUCAUGCCGCUGGUUUGGCAUACAGAUGCUUAGAUCCCACCAAGGUAUUACUUACAUCACGGACACGACUUCGUUUGAGUUGUGUCGCCAUUCCAGAUGUAGUUACUCUAGAUGGGAACACUGCAAAUCCACUUACCCUCAUCCCACAUUAUCAGCAAGAAGAUUUAGUUGCACUUGGCAAGCUGGUCUUGGCACUGGCAUGUCGAAGUCUUAUCGCCGUCCACCGCGACAAUAUGUCAGCCUCCAUCGAGCUGAUUACACGUUCCUACUCCACCGACCUCCGAAAUCUUAUUCUGUACUUGCUGUCGAAUCAACCCCGUAAGAGUGUCACGGAUCUCAUGCCAAUGAUUGGCGCAAGAUUUUAUACACAGUUGGAUGCCAGCCAAUUACGAUUGGAUGUUCUGGAGAAUGAACUUGCCAAGGAACUAGAAAACGGUCGGUUAUUUAAAUUGUUGGUCAAAUUAGCAACCAUCAACGAAAGGCCGGAGCUUAAUAUGGAACCUACGUGGGCCGAGACGGGCGAUCGUUAUAUGCUCAAAUUGUUUAGGGACUAUGUAUUUCAUCAAGUUACAGCUGAUGGAAGACCCUGGUUGGAUCUUGCGCAUGUUGUAUCCUGUUUGAAUAAACUCGAUUCGGGUUCGCAGGACAAGAUAUGUCUCAUGUCUCGAGAUGAGCAAAGUGUUCUAGUAGUAAGUUACGCGGAACUACGACAAUGUCUGGAAACGUCAUUUGGUGAACUGGUACAAUCUACAAAAGAUGCUGUUUAAGGAUGUGUCCACGAUAGCGCAUACUCCGAACCAUAAAUGUGAUAUCAUCACUUAGCGGUACUAUCAUUUUACUCUUUGUCGCAAUGCUGGAGAGUGAGAAUUGUCGAAUUGUGUUUGAUGGUGAUAUAAGAAAUAACGCGCAACUCAGUUUUGUAUACAUAAUUUUGAUCGUCGAAUUAAUUAGGUACGAACGCAUUAUAAAUGCGUUGCAUUUAGAAUGUAAGAUGUUAAAU